GGCCAAGGCAGAAGCGGCGCCUGCGCCCUGCCGCCCAAGAACCUCCAGUGGUUCCCAACUUCUCUCUGAAGAUGGCGGACCCCACUUUUGCUGGUACCAGUAACAGCAUACCUUUGCGGGGUCUACGUGAACGCAUAGUUGCCAUGGCGCAAGAACUAGCUGAAGAAAGGCGCCGUAAACGUGGUAUGGAUUCUUCUGCAGUUGCAAAUAAAAGAUCAUCAUGUCCACCUGUCUUAGAUGGUUCUGUCCUUAAAAAUGAUGUCAAACAGCAGCUAGCCAAAGAACGUAGAGAAGAACGGAAACGUCAGCAAGAAGCCAACAAGGAAAAACAAUUACUUGAGAAAGAACAGAAGGCGAAGCUGCAGUACGAAAAACAGUUGGAAGAAAAACACCGCAAGUUGAAGGAACAAAAGGAAAAGGACGAACGAAGACGAGCAUCUGCAGAAGAAAAAAGAAAACAGAAGCAGGCGGAAGACAAAGAAAAAUUCAAGGCUGUUGUGUCUCGUACAAUGGAGCGAUGCAAUCGUAUUGAUCAACGACAGAAAAGGUGGUCGUGGGAGGGCGGUGCGAUGAAUAAUGACAAAUCUGGAAAACCAGAAAAUAAACGAAGCUCCUCUCUGAGUAGAAAAGAUAACCGAUUACAUCAUGGUGGUUAUACACAACAAGUGAACGUGAACGACACACCUGGCACAACCAAAUACUUUUUCCGCUAUGUUUCUGUACCAAUGUUUACUAGUGAUGAGCUAAAGUCUUCUGCUAUGUUCCGUAAAACAUCAGCGAAAACGCCAUUUGCAGCAAAAUUAGAAAUAACACCCACAAAGAAACUAGGAACUCCUCUCAAGGGAGAUGUGGAAGGACUAGAAAUGGGGAAUAUAGAAAUCCCACCCAAAAUAACAGUUGAAGUACCCUCUCCAACAAAGUUGGAAGAACCAACUGAAGCUGCUGUGGAGGUAACACCUCAAAACACAGAGGACAUCUCUAAAGUUAAAGUGGACGGUUCCAACAAGGUGGAUACCAAAGUACCUUCUGAUGAGAACAUAGCAAAACACCCUAAAGCAAAUGUUGAAAAAUUCCCCUUAGUGAGUGUGGAUACCUCUUCAAGUGUUGAACCAUCCCCCACAGUGAAUGAGGAUUCAUCCCCUUCAAUGAGUACAGAAUCAUCCUCCUUUGUGAGCUUGGAAAUAUCUCCUAUUGUCAGCAUUAAUACCUCACUUGAAACAAGCAUGGAUAACUUACCUGAAUUAAGUAUGAACUCAAGAAGUAUGAAAGUGGCCUCAGAGAGAAAAACAGAAGCAUCUCUUCAGGUCAGUGGAGAAUCACACCUUGAAGCAAGUGUGAAAGAACACCCUGAGGCGAAUGUUGAAGGAUCACCAAAGAACCCAGAAAUGGACAAAAGAAACAUAAACACCAUCAGGAAACAAUCACCAUGCCACAUACCAUGUUACAGAUGGCCAUCAUCUCCUGCCCUUGUAUGGCGCCCACCUUCUCCCUUAAAGGCUAUGCAGAAUCGGAAGAUACGACCUCCAUCUCCUCUACCAGUCUCAGCAAGAUUAUCAACGAAGACUUCUUUGUCAUAUAAAAUAACCCCAGUUCAGAACAUCCUGUAUGUGCCAAAUGCAUUAGGUGUAAUAGCAACAAAAAAAGAAACCAUCCAAAAGCAUAUGAUCAAAAAAGAAUUUUGUCAUAAAAUUAUGCCAAGUGGUGAAGCGGCCAAGAAAGCUUUGAUACAGGUACACCAUGCUGCUUAUGAACCAAAAGGCAAAAACGAGAAAGAAAGACUCCAAAGAGAAGAGAUAAAGCAAAGCAUUACUAGGAAACCAGAAGUUAUGGCAGAGAAACUGGAUGAAGUCCCAGCACAAGAAUCCUUACCACCCAAAGAUGAGCAACAAGAGAAAGAUCCAACACUUCUUCAUUCAUCAGAAGACCAGACAGAACAGCUACAGAAAGGGGACAGUGCCAUGAUGAAAUCUCAGGACAGUGCUGAGCAGAGAAAGAAGGAACAGGAAACAAUUAUGCUACAAAAUUGGGAAGAAAGAUUAGAAAGGAAAAAGAGGGGUGAGGAAAUAAUGAAGUGGACAAGGACGACAGAUGUGAAUACCUCUGAGGUUUCAGAAAUAUCUUCUUCAUCCGAUGAUGAAGCUGAUGAUGAAGGUGAAACAGGAAGUGAAGACUCUCUUGAGAUGUUUUCAUCAGGAGGAAAAAUGUUACCUAUGAAACUCAAAAAAUUUCACAAAUAUGCCAAGAUAAAGCCUCAAAAGCUCGUGUUUUUGCAAGCGGAAACUGGUGAGGUUGAUACGGACAAAAAUGUAUAUUUUAACGGGAACAUGAAAGUUGUCAAACAAAAAGACCCCAAAUAUUCUACAAUUCAAGGAAAAGGCUCAAAGUUACCACCUAAAAAACCACCUACCCGCUCAAUAAGAAGCAGAAAAAUGAAGGAAGGCGGGACGGCCAUCCGUCCUACUCAAAGUGUCACCACCAAUCACGAGUGGAUUUGUGACAAGGUUAUAGACCUUAGUCAGACCACUGAAUCACUAAAGACCACUCCUGGUCGCAGCAAACAAAGUCCAACAGAAUCUAAGCUAUCUCGCCAAGGUCCUCAGGCACAUUUGGACCAUAAGAAAAGAGCCAAACCCGUUUCUGCCCCUUUAACCAAGGUUUUGUCCCACCUUCACAUAGCUGGAAGGGCAACUAAUCUUGAACAUCCCUUUGCUUCCAGCUAUUCCAGACUGGCAUUUGGAGGAGAGGUAGAAGAGAGUGAUGUGUAAAUCCUGUGGGGCCUUUGAAGAUUGAUCAUCUUCCAUUCUGUAUGAAAACUCCCAAGGCCAAGACUCAAAAUUGUCUCCUUUAUACUUGAACCUGGCAAAAAAAAUAACCUGUC